CGAUGUCUGUAUAUAUGUACCACAAUUGUAAAUAAUGCAAAACGAACACCCUCAUAUUUGUAAUCUGGCGCUCAUUUGCCCUGCUAUCGAUGGCCAAUCAAUGUGAAACUGUCGAUUUUGAAGUCUCAGUGAUCGGAACAGUCUGUUCUCUCUUAAUGCAAGGAGUUAUUUAAACAUGAAAGUUUCCGCUGAAAUGGCAAAAAACUUGCCAUAUUUUUGUUUUGUGAAAAUUUUAUGCUCGAGUUGGGGAUUGUCCAAAAGCCGACCUUCUAAGCGAUCUUUAAUUGUUCAUUUUUUGUUACUCCUAUUUGCAAUUUCAUCAUACAAAUGGUCCUUGCAGCCGUGUCCUCACAACAGAAACACAAAUUGUAUCGAGUGGCUUUUCGAGGAGCAGAACCUCAACUAUCUCGGACUCUGCUUGAUCACGUCAAGUGCAAUCUUCGUUUAUCUAGCUUUGGCUGUGCUUUAUUUACAUUAUUUACCGCCUUGUUUUUUACUUUUGGCUAUUUUGCCCUCUUUAAUUUACCUGUAUAAUUUGGGGUCUUCAACUGGAUGGGAGGAACAUAAUGGGUUCAACAGACUAAUUUUGAUUUCUAUCCAUGUUUUGUCUUUAGUUUCUCUCUGUUUUAUGAAGCUAUUUGUCAUCAUUACUAGGAAAUUAGCACGUAAGCUUAAGUUUCCUUUGCGAGGAUUGCGUUUAAGAAUCAUCUCUUGCUUUUUCAUUUUCUGUUUAAUAAACAUUUUCUACAGGCAAAAUACAGGUUUUGUAAAUUAUUCUUUAUCUCCUAAUUAUCUCAUAAACACAUCAGAAACAAACUAUCACCGUACCUGUAAAAUAUACCCGCCUCCUAUUUACAUAUUGGAUAUUAUAUUCGGCUUUCUGAAUUUCGGUGCUUUGAGCUCGUGUCAGCAUUCUUUUUCGUUGGAUUGGCUGCCGACUGAUUUGAGGCAUUCGUCGGUUCUCGGAUUUCCGACGUUAAUUGACCUCUCGUCUCGGCUUUUAUCCGACAUGCCUGCUUUAUUCGAUUAUAUCAACGACCAUAUCAAAGAUUGCUCAGAUAUCGAAAAUUGUCGCAGCUUAGAACAGUUCUUAUUCAUUAAAGAAUCAAAACCACGUUUAGUAGUCAAUGUGUUUAGAAACGAAACAAAAGUUAAGGAACGGAAAACUUUGUUAAAUAAUAAUUCAGCGUCAAAUAGAGACAAGAAAUCACAAAAUGUUCUGAUUCUGUUUAUUGAUGCGUUAUCGAGACCAGGGUUUGCAAGGACGCUGCCGAAAACGUUCGGACUAUUGCAAGGAUGGAGUAGGAAGCGAGAACAUAACGUAGUGUCCUUCUUGAAGUUUUCCUCUUUCGCAGCGUUCACCGAGCCGAAUUUGAUCCCUUUCACGUUCGGCAUAAACAGACAGAUGGCUGAGCACCAUAGCAGAAGACUCAACGACUACGGACAGCUAAAACGAAUCUACGAGACAAUGAGUGAACAUGGAUACAUCACUGCAUUCGCUCACACUUCGUGUCAGGCAGCAGAUUUUGAGUGGAAGAACUUUUUGCCUCUGGAAAUUCCCAGACACGACCACCGUCUCAUGUUCUGCGACCCCAACUUCAUAGAUCCCAGUGAUCCAUACAGUAUAUUGAAGGGACCAUUUUCGAUGUUCAAACGAUGCAUGUACGGUCGACAAAUACACGAAUACGUUUUCGACUAUAUCGAUUCAUUCUGGCACAAGUAUCCAGACCUCCCGAAACUGUUCAAAGCCCACUUCUCGGAGGCGCACGAGCCAACUGCCGAACUCAUACGACACAUGGACAAUGAUUUGUACAACUUUCUGAUGAGAUUCGAAACGAGCAAUCGUCUUAAUGAUACAGUUCUUUUGUUGAUGUCUGAUCAUGGCAAUCACAUGCAUCCGAUGCUGCGACUGUUUCCGAAGAGCGUCUGGUCGAAAGUGGAAGUAAAAGAACCACUUCUGAUCAGCGUCACUCCUCCGCAUGUUGGGAAUAAAGAGAAGAUGCUGAGCAAUUCACAUGGGUUGCUGACUAUGUACGACGUCAGGAAGACAGUCUUGAGUCUGAGUGGGAUGCCAGUUGAUAAACUGAAGGGCGUUGACUUCCUGAAUGAUCAUGUGAGCUCAGAAAGAGAUUGCAAGUCACAUGGUUUAUUCACACCUCUAGAAGUCCGAUCUUGUAUUUGCUCCAGAGACUGACUUUAUAUCUGUCAAAAAACUUGGUUGUUUCAAUAUACUUGUAUGUUCUAUUACGAUUGUAUGUAGUUUUUUAUUCCCACGUCGAUCAAGGGAGGUUAUCUUGCAAGUUCUUGCACGAUUCUUUAAAAGAAGAUGCAUCUCUUGAAAACAUCAUGCAAGACUUCUUGCAAGACAACCUUUUUUUGUUAUCUCUUUUCUGUUUUAUCUUUCGAGGCGACAGGAAUGGGGAAAUUCCAUGAAACGAUUUUGGUGACGUUUAAAAGGAAUGUUGCUUGGUCAAUGUUUUGGUAGCAGUUCCUUUCGUUAAUGUUUUUCACCCUCUACAUUCACCCUUCUUGCACGUAAGCAAUAUUCGGUUCACAAGAAUUGAUCAUAAAUGAUAUUGGCCCUGACAUAAGUCGUUGAAUUCCAACCCAACUCUACUACUAGUACGUACUAACCUACUGUAAGUCUUCAAAGCGGCUAAAACGAU